AUGGCCAGUCCGAGUGCAGUCCAACGAGCAGGCAUGGGCCCGAGGAUCCUGGGCGGAUACAUGCGCCACCGGCCGUUCUUCCAGAAGCUGUUCAUGAGCUCGUUUGCCGUCUACAUUGUCCUGGCCACCACCUCCGGCCUGCGCCCGAAGAAGCGCCCCCAGAAGCCGCCCGCCGACCCCCCGCGAACCGCAUCCGAGCCGAAGGCCCUGGCCCGGGGCGCCCAUGCCCGCAAGAGGGCCGCACAGAGGGUCGAGGUGGAUGCCAAGUUCUUCGCCAGACUUAAUCGCCUCUUGGCCAUCGUCAUCCCCAGUUGGAAGAGCAAGACCGCCUCGCUCCUCGUCAUCCAUUCCGCCUUCCUCAUCUUCAGAACCGUGCUCUCUCUCUAUGUGGCGAGCUUGGACGGCCAGAUCGUCUCCGCUUUGGUCCGGGGAGAAGGCAUGCAAUUCUUAUCUCGGCUGGCGCUGUGGAUGUCGAUCUCGAUUCCGGCGACGUACACGAACUCGAUGCUGUCGUACCUGCAAUGCAAGCUGUCGAUAGCGUACCGGAGCCGGCUGACGAACCGGAUCCACGACAUGUAUCUGUCGGACACGACGUUCUACGGGAUCAACAAUCUCGACGACCGGAUCGCGAACGUCGACCAGCUGAUCACCGUCGAUGUCGCCAAGUUCUCCGACUCGCUCGCCGAGAUCUACAGCAACCUCGCCAAGCCCGUCCUCGACGUCAUCCUCUACAACUGGCAGUUGAGUAAGAACGUCGGGCUCGAGGGGCUCAUCGGCCUCACCAUUAUCGUCCAAGCUUCCGCCGCAUUACUCCGAGCGGUGACACCAUCGUUUGGGAGAUAUGCCUCGGAGGAGCAGAAGCUAGAGGGCGAGUUCCGGUUCACGCAUUCGCGGCUGAUCGAGAACUCGGAAGAGGUGUCGUUUUACAGCUCGCACCGGGCCUACGAGAUCGAGAAGAACAUCAUCGAGCGGGCCUACUUCAGUCUGAUCAAGCACAUCAACUGGGUGUACAAGGUCAGACUGUGGCACGGGAUGGUCGAGGACGGGAUCAUCAAGUGGGUCUGGGGCUCCCUCGGCCUCAUGAUCUGCAGCAUCCCCGUCUUCUUCAACAUCAACCCUCCGCCAGCCGGCGUCGGCGAGGCGCUCAAGAAGGCGCUGCCCGAUAGCGACAUGGGCGGCCGGACCCAAGGCUUCGUCACCAACCGUCGGCUCUUGUUGUCCGCCUCAGACGCCUUCGGACGGGUCAUGUACUCGUACAAGGACGUCAGCGAGCUGGCCGGCUACACCGCCCGGGUCUCCGAGCUCUUCGACACCAUGGAAAGCAUCAAGCGCGGCCAGUACGAGAAACGCAAAGUCGGCUCCGCCAACACCGACGACUCCCAGCAAAUGCUUCAGCAGCGCGGACAGGUGGUGGAGUCGGAGGACGAGAUCAUCUUCGAUCGGGUGCCGAUCAUCUCGCCCAACGGAGACGUGCUGGUGAAAAGUCUGAGUUUCCAUGUGAAGCCGGGGCAACACCUGUUGAUAGUGGGCCCGAACGGGUGCGGGAAGUCGUCCCUGUUCCGGAUCCUGGGCGGGUUAUGGCCGGUGUAUGGGGGCGUGGUGACGAAGCCUGCGGCCUCGGAGUUCACCUACAUCCCCCAGCGCCCCUACCUCUCCCUGGGCACCCUGCGCGACCAGCUCAUCUAUCCCGACUCGCGCGCAGACAUGGCCGCCCGCGGCGUCUCCGACGACGACCUCCUCCGCAUCCUCGCCAUCGUCGACUUGGACGCCAUCGUCCAGCGCGAGGGCGGCUGGGACGUCGUCCGGGAAUGGCGAGAUGCGCUCAGCGGCGGCGAUAAGCAGCGGCUCGCCAUCUGCAGACUCUACUACCAUUCCCCCAAGGCGUUGGAGCAGAAGCUGUUGGAGGUGCCCAAGCUGGUGGCCCGGCUGGAGCAGCUCGAGGAGACCCGGCUCAAGAACCUCGAGGGCCCUCCCGCGUCUUGA